AUGCACGAAAUAAUUAAUGAACCAACAAAUAAAUAUCCCGAUGUUUUUGUUCGAAAUCUUGCACAAAAACAUAUGGAAGAUAAACAGUCAGUGGAAGGAAGAUGGAAUAGUAGUAUAACAUCAGCUAAAGAUCAUCAAAAACAACAAUUUAAAGAACGUGUUAUGCGACUUUAUGAAGAAAGUUUAGUAUCAAAUAGUUUACAAACAUCGAAUGGCAAUAAAAUAAAUACACGUCAUAGUAUACCUCUAUCAUCACCAUUAUCUGUGAUUAUUGCUGUACCUGAUGCAGUAUCGCAUGAACGUCGUUUAGAAACCAGUUAUACAGUACAACUUGGUGCUCAAUUAAAAUCUAUGUAUAAUCUACGUUUAAUUCGCUGUGAUAUGCUUGAUUAUUGUCGUUUGAAAACUACGAAAAAAGAUAAUAAAAUUUUAUUUGAACCACAACGUCUUCAAACACUUAUGUCACUGUAUUCAAGUUCACUUUGUGGUCUUGUUCUUCUUGUACCUAAACGAACUCGUUUAACAACUGGUGAUAUUAAAGAAGAAUUUGCAUCCGUAUGUGAACGUUCAACUGAUUUUCAUUUUCCAUCAUUUGAACAUCAAUUAUCUAGUAUUGAAGAUUGUCUUCAACAAGCCAAUCAAGUACGAUCAAACGCUUCGGCUAGUCUUGAUUCAAAUUCCGUAACAAGUAAACAAAGUGAUGGUUCUUUAGAAGAUCAAAAUUUAUGUUCAGUCGGUGAUUUUUAUGUUUCACGUCAUUCAAAUUUAUCUGAAGUACAUAUUGUUUAUCAUUUGGUAGUUAAUGAUAGUGCUUUACGUUCAUCAUCUGAAAUCACAUCACGUCAUGCUUCUCUAUUUGGUUUACGAAAUAUAUUAAAAGAAUGUUGUAAACAUGAUAUAACAACAUUAACAUUACCUUUAUUACUUACACAUGAUAUGACUGAAGAAAUGACUAUUCCAUGGGUUAUGAAACGAACUGAAUUGGUACUUAAAUGUUUGAAAGGUUUUAUGAUGGAAAUGGGUACAUGGGGUACUAAUCGAUGUUCAACUAUUCAACUUGUUGUACCUAAAAAUUUACUUGAUCAAACAUUUUUUCAAUUAGCUGAUCUUGUACCGACUAUAUUUCGAGAACCAAGAACAGUGACAUUACAAUUUUAA